AUGGAUAAUGCUCUGCUUCUCUAUGAUAAGAAAAUGGGUUUUUUGCCUGAUGAAGAUACACCUGUCAAAUGGACCAUUUGGGGUGGAUUGUACUACGCAGGCACUGUUUUCACUACUAUAGGUUAUCUUUCAACAUUAUGUUUUUGCAUUGAGGCUAUAUUUGAUCAAUACUGUCCGAUAGCAUGUACGGUUCUGAUUUAUAAGCUGAGACGUGCCGACGCUGGCCAUGUUUGCUGUUUCAUUCGCUAA